AAAAUCGUGUUCCAGUGACGCCAGGCCGCGCGCGUGCUCAGUGUCUCCUGCACACCGCUGUCUAAAUCUAAUACGAGUAAACUUACUUCAUUAUUACUGACCGCAUCUGUCGGAUCGUCUCGCGUAUUACCCUCGUUUAUUUAUUUCACUCCAGCUUUGUGUCUCCUUCUAUCUCUCAGUCUUCCUUAUUUUUCCGAGAGCGACGUUUCUUCGAAAGGGACCAUGACAAGUAAUUUGAACAAAUAAGAGAACUUGCACAAUCCCAGAACCAGCGAGUCAUCCUUUAGCAUAAACAAGAAAGAAGAAAAAGUCGAGAAAAGCAAGGGGAAAGAAACAAGUGCAAGGGGGAGAAGAGAAGUGCGCGAGGACAGUCGAUGGACGCUGCCCGGACCAAGGGGACAGCAGAUUCUCAUCUAGCAGGGAAAAGAAAGAUUUCAAAAUUGAGUCGAAGGAUAGAAACCUGCCGUCAGGCAUGGUGUGUGAGAAGGGGAUACAGAUCCUUCUCACCAUCGUGGGGGCAUUCGCCUCCUUUGGCCUGAUGACGGUGGCAAUUGGGACAGAUUACUGGCUCUACUCUCGUGCUCUGAUCUGCAACAGCACAGCCAAUGUGACGCAGGAUGACCCACACAACAAGGACAAGAAAGACCCUGGAGCUCUCACACACUCAGGCCUUUGGAGGAUCUGCUGCCUUGAGGGUGUGAAACGAGGAGUGUGCUCUCAGAUCAACCACUUCCCAGAAGACGCCGACUUUGACCACGAUGGAGCAGAGUACGUCUUACGAGUGGUUCGGGCUUCGAACAUCUUCCCUAUUCUUAGUGCAAUCUUAUUGCUGAUGGGAGGAGUGUGCAUUGCCGCCAGUCGUUUCUACAAAAGCAAGAGGAACAUAAUACUCGGAGCUGGCAUUCUGUUUGUAGCUGCAGGUUUGAGCAACAUCAUCGGUGUGAUAGUGUAUAUCUCAGCAGCACUAGGCGACAUCUCUCCAAAGAAGGAUGAGGAUAAAAAAUGGCAAUAUUCGUACGGCUGGUCCUUCUAUUUUGGAGGCCUUUCGUUCAUCCUGGCUGAGAUGGUGGGGGUGCUGGCUGUAAACAUCUACAUUGAAAAGAACAAGGAGCUGCGUUGCCGUUCACGCACCGACAUCUUCAAGAGCACAACACACGCUGUGCUGCGCCUGCCUAGUUACCGCUUCCGCCGCCGCUCAUCACGCUCCAGCUCACGCUCUACUGAACCAUCAAGAGGCUCGCGGGACCCCUCGCCUGCUGCUGCUGGCCCACCAGGAAGCAAAAGCUUUGGCCUUCCCCCCUCAGCACUGCUGUCACAGGGGCCUGUGUCUGUUUCCACACUGCCUAAUCCACAUUCACACUCCCGCUCACACUCAGCCCUACCUGGAGGUGACAUCUCGCUCUACACCCUGUCGCGAGACCCCAAACUCGGUGCACUGGGGGCUCUGGGUGCACCUCCAAUGUAUGGCACAGUGGAUCGUGCCACACUCUACCAGUUGCACAACUGCUUUCCCAAAGAGAGCGCCGGAGGAGGAGCAACCAUGAUGAUGAGCGGCACACUGCCCUCUCUCAAGUCCCACAAUCCAGCAGGAGUGCCGAACGCGUCCAGUGGAAACUCUGCACCCUCCUCACAACCCCCGCCUUUCUCCUCCUCUACAGUGGAGAGGGAAAGAGGGAUGGGCACGCUUGAUAGGCUCACCAAGCCUGAGAGCAAUUCUAACACGCUGAACAGGAAAACAACACCAGUGUAGAGGAGUUUAGAAACAGAACAGAAGAGAGUGUGAGUCCUGUAGAGCGGAAGCUGAAUGAAGGUUGUGUUGAAGAUAAGAAAAGCAAAAAGGCAGAGAAAUGAUAUAUUCCUUCAGUCUGAAAUGAUGUUCUGUUUUUCAGUUAAUGGAAAAUGAGUUUCAGACAAAAAUUCAACCAGUGACAAUUCAUAAUAACAACUACAACAUCCAUUUAGUUUUAUAACAUUUUUUAAAAUGUGAACUAUGAUCAUUGGAUACUGUACUGUGAAGUUUACCUUUUUUUUUUUUUUUUUUUUUGAUA